GCUUAUCGAGGUGAAGCGUGGACCCGGGUUCAGAAGUUGCCUCGCUCGCUCCGGGCGUGGUGAUGGAUUUGUCUUCACUGCGAUAUGCUGACGAGGAGGGAGAUUCUUAUGUGCGGACAGCCUUGAGCGAGCUUGAAGAAAUCCGCAAAUGUGGAAUGAAAAACUUCCGUAAUAUCCAGGUUGAUGAAGCUAAUUUAUUGACCUGGCAAGGGCUUAUUGUUCCUGACAAUCCUCCAUAUGAUAAAGGAGCCUUCAGAAUCGAAAUCAACUUUCCAGCAGAAUAUCCAUUCAAACCUCCUAAGAUUACAUUUAAAACAAAGAUCUAUCACCCUAACAUCGAUGAAAAGGGGCAGGUUUGUCUGCCAGUAAUUAGUGCUGAAAACUGGAAGCCAGCAACCAAAACUGACCAAGUAAUCCAGUCCCUCAUAGCACUGGUGAAUGAUCCACAGCCUGAGCAUCCCCUGCGGGCUGACCUAGCUGAAGAAUACUCUAAGGACCGUAAAAAAUUCUGUAAGAAUGCUGAAGAGUUUACAAAGAAAUAUGGUGAAAAGCGACCAGUGGACUAAAAUCUGACACAGCUGAUGUCAGCAACGUAUGAUAGAAGAUCGGAGCAGUGCAUUUGAGACAUCCCGUAAAGCAGGACUCUAUGGAAAAUUGACAAGUGCCACCUUUUGGUGUUAACUUGUGGCUGUUACUAACUUUCUACAGUUUUCUUAAUCAAAAGUGGGCUAGGUAACCUGUAAAGGAAGAAUUAAAAAUUUAAGAUGUUCUAGUUCUGCUUUCUUUGUUUAAAAAUCACUGCUUCAAUAUACUUUAAAGUAUGCUGUUUUCUUUUUUUUUUUUUUUUUUUUUUUGUCAGAAUUUAUCAAAAAUAUCUUAGACUUAUAUUCUGCCCUUGAAUUGAAAAGGUUGUGGCUGUCAUUUCUUACUUCUCCUUGCAGUUACCACUAUCCUGAGUUCAUUUAAUUCAGCAUUGAAUUUUUGCUCCUCCUCAAACUGAUGUCUUAGAAAAAAUAUCCCACUUCUGGCAGAAAAUGAUUGAGUGUUUGGCAGUUUUGUUUACUCUUCUCUUCAAAACAUUGCACUGUGCUCUGUGGGACUUGCUGCAAGUUCCCCUUAACUUCAGUUUGUAACAUAAUAAAAAAAAAACAACCCAACUACAAUCAGAAAUGUCCAGGUCUUAUGUAAAUCUGGCUGAUGUUACCACAAAAUGUUUAUUAAAUGGGGAAAUCCAAUUUCUUGUCUGCGUUAUUGAAUUAGAAUAUGGCUUAUGUCCUGCUUUUGGAAAAUGCUGGGAAAAAAAAAGUAGUAGUAAAACGUGAUUCCAAACUCCUUUCACUUUUAUUCUUAAUAAAAGUUAGUGUAAGUUAGCUUGGAUAAUGUGCACAGAACAACAGUGCGACCAGUUUAGAAGUUUCAGAAAUUGAGGACCAAGAGAUACACCGAAAUAAUAAACUGGUAUUGAGUGAAAAAGUUGGUAUUUUGGGAAUGAAUUAAUUUCAAAUACUGAAUGUUAGCACUGCUAGUGAGAUUUUCUUUCAUCCAAAUGCAGAUGAUGUAUGUGCUAGGGAAUGGCACUCACGCCACUUCCUUCCCAGUUGCUGUACAGUUAUUACUGAAAAUAGUACGAGAGUAGGAUUAAGCAAUAAACUGAAUACACUUCACUGCUACUGUUCCUACGUUUUAAAAGUACACGUUAGGUUAUCUAAUGACUACUUCAAGUUAUCAUUCUGACUUGGGCAGAGCUGUUUUCCCUUUGCUCCAGGCACACCCACGCAUGCUGAAGGUUGCCCUUUCUGUUCAGAGUUGGGCACCUUUACUGUGUCUCUAUUGCUUUUCUUCUGCCUGCGUGUCCUAAGUCUGAAGUGUGAUUGUAGCUCCAAUCAAACUGCCAUACAAUCAAACUGCCUUCUCCACCUGUAGAACCUGAGUAUGUUACUGAGUAAACAGAUUUCCAGAAAUGCAUAGGUAGCUGGGAGUACAUAUCACUUCGAUUUGCAAGAACUUGAAUUAGAAAAUCCCUCACAUCUGGAUGGUUGUCUAUACUCCUAGAGUCACGUUUAAUACAGCCUCUACCUUUGCAACCUUGCAGAAGUAGUGCAUCAAGCUGUAGGUCUAUUGGUUUUUAAUGUAUAUUUGCUAUUCCUUCAUUUGCCCUUCUCAUCUGGCUUUUAUUUUGGAUUUAGUGAACAAUGACAGCCCAGUACCUCACCUCUGCUGAAAGUAAUUUUUUUUUAUUAGUUAGGGAGCUAAGAAAUUUCAUGUUAAGUGUUCUUAGAUGGAUUCUUUGGCAGGUAAAUGAAGUUAAACCACAUUCACCUUAUUUACGGAAACUUACCUUCCCUAAGUGUUUCCUGGCUUGUGAGAGCACUAUUACCAAAUUUUUCACAUCUUUGUGUCUUUGGUUGCAGAAAGUUGGUACUGAUUUUGUUUCCUUCACGCUCACUCAGAUUCGUAAUAAAAUAAUGCCAAAUUAUCUGUUGAACUGAAGUGUGUAACUUCGCAUCAGCUGAGUCACUGUACUUUUUGAUCAUGUCUGUUCACAAUUGAAACAUUCUUUAAAUUUGCAUUAUUUUUAUUAUUUAAAACGACUGUAGCACUAGUUUGCUGCCAUCGUUACUACUAAACAGUAUACUUUCUGGUUGUAAGCCUCUCAGGUUAAAGACUGCAUUUAUUUCAGUGUGGCUUGGAUGCCAUUGUAAGGAAACUGGAAGAGCUGUGUAACUGAAGGAGCUUCCGCUGAUUUGUAGAGAUCUAUAGCAGUGCUGUAUGCUAGCUGUUCUCAUUUCAUUUGUAAAGAUCACACAGAAGAUGAGCAUUACCAUCAGUUUUCUUUGUGUGUGUUUCAGAGCUCAGUUUUUAAUCAUGAAGUGUGUAACAUAAGUGAUGGCUUUUGUUUGCAGGUGGCCCUCUAAAAGGAAGAUAAAGAUCAAAUACUGUACUGUGUGGUUGAAGUCUGAGGUGAAAAAGAAAUCAAACCCUUUGUUAACUCAGGAAAUCAAGCUCUUGUGCUCUCUGGUUCCCUAAGCCAUGCUGAAUUCUAAACAUGCAGUUGAAAAUCCAAAAUAAAACAACUACACCCAUGAACACUGGUAUAGGCUUUCUGCAAUUCCAUUCUGCUACCCUAAUAAAAAUUGCUCUCAAAGGCA